CGUCCAGUGGGGGGAAAGACGAAAAGAGUGAAACUAAUCCCGGAAAAAGAAAAAAAAACAGGAGAGAAAACCCGAAAGAAAAUUCUCCAGGAUCUGCGAGAAAAUCUGUGGCUGUAACGGUUCUGGACAUUUUCUUCGUUGUGUGUUAGAAAGAGAAAAGCUUUAAGGGUUUAAGGAUCGUUAAGAAAAUCUCCGCAUGUAGCAAUCUCUGUUUUUGACGUCGAUCAGAAAGUCUGAAGCCGAGAAAGAGAAAUGUUCGUUACAGAUUUUACAAUGGGUCCCUGUUUGGUAAAUUUCCCAAGAAAAUCCUUCUGAUUGGAUUUUCCCGGUUUUGACGUUCCUCCCGUACGUCGGGAUUGUUGAACCGAGAUCGUUUUAGGCAAAAUCUGACCAGAUUUCAUCAGAAUAAUGGCUGCUUCAGCAAAAAUAAGUGUAGGGUCUCAUGUCUGGGUGGAGGAUCCAGAUGAAGCCUGGAUAGAUGGAGAAGUUGAAGAUGCUAACGCUGAAGAUAUCACUGUAAACUGCUCCUCCGGAAACACGGUUGUGGCAAAGGUUAGUGCUGUCUACCCAAAGGAUCCCGAGUUCCCUGAACUUGGGGUGGACGACAUGACAAAGCUUGCAUAUUUGCAUGAACCUGGGGUUCUGCUCAAUCUUAAGUGCCGAUAUGAUGCUAAUGAAAUAUAUACAUACACCGGAAACAUACUGAUAGCUGUGAAUCCCUUUAAAAGAUUACCCCACCUUUAUGGAAUUGAGACGAUGAAACAGUACAAGGGCUCAGCUUUUGGUGAGUUAAGUCCACAUCCUUUCGCCGUUGCAGAUUCUGCCUACAGGAAAAUGAUAAACGAGGGAGUGAGCCAGGCGAUUUUGGUGAGUGGUGAAAGCGGUGCUGGAAAGACGGAGAGCACAAAGAUGCUCAUGAGAUAUCUUGCCUACAUGGGUGGAAGAGCUGCGAGUGAAGGAAGAUCCGUGGAGCAGCAAGUUUUGGAGUCCAAUCCAGUUUUAGAAGCUUUUGGCAAUGCAAAAACCGUUAGAAACAACAAUUCAAGUCGUUUUGGUAAAUUCGUGGAGAUUCAGUUCGACCAAAGCGGAAGGAUCUCAGGAGCUGCUAUCAGGACGUAUUUGCUAGAGAGGUCACGUGUUUGUCAAGUCUCUGACCCUGAAAGAAACUAUCAUUGCUUUUACAUGCUUUGCGCUGCACCGGAACAGGAAACAGAGAGGUACAAGUUAGGAAAACCAAGCACAUUUCGCUAUCUUAAUCAGUCUAAUUGCUAUGCCUUGGACGGGCUUGAUGAUUCCAAGGAAUACCUAGCUACAAGGAAAGCUAUGGACGUUGUUGGGAUCGAUUCUGAAGAGCAGGAUGCAAUCUUCCGAGUAGUGGCUGCAAUCCUUCAUCUAGGGAACAUCGAGUUUGCAAAGGGUGAAGAAUCAGAAGCUGCAGAACCUAAGGACGAAAAAUCACGGUUCCAUCUAAAAGUGGCAGCAGAGCUUUUCAUGUGUGACGAGAAAUCUUUAGAAGAUUCAUUGUGCAAAAGGGUUAUGGUGACUCGUGAUGAAAGCAUUACAAAGUCGCUUGAUCCUGAUAGUGCAGCUCUAGGCAGAGAUGCACUAGCCAAAAUUGUCUAUUCGAAAUUGUUUGAUUGGCUCGUGACUAAGAUCAAUAAUUCGAUCGGCCAAGACCCAAAUUCAAAACACAUCAUUGGAGUUCUGGAUAUUUAUGGAUUUGAGAGUUUCAAGACAAACAGUUUUGAACAGUUUUGUAUAAAUUUGACAAACGAGAAGCUGCAGCAACAUUUCAACCAGCACGUGUUCAAGAUGGAACAAGAAGAGUAUACUAAAGAAGAGAUUGACUGGAGUUACAUAGAGUUCAUUGACAAUCAGGAUGUCCUUGACCUUAUAGAAAAGAAACCUGGCGGUAUCAUUGCCCUUCUAGACGAGGCUUGCAUGUUUCCAAGAUCAACACAUGAUACAUUUUCACAAAAGCUAUACCAGACUUUUAAAGACCACAAGCGUUUCGCCAAGCCGAAACUGGCUCAAACAGACUUUACAAUUUGCCACUAUGCUGGUGAUGUCACUUAUCAGACAGAACUGUUUUUGGACAAGAACAAAGAUUAUGUUGUUGGAGAACAUCAAGCACUCCUGAGCUGUUCAGAUUGUACUUUUGUCUCAUCAUUGUUUCCACCACUGCCAGAGGAAUCUUCCAAAACAUCAAAGUUCUCAUCAAUAGGUUCUCAGUUUAAGCAACAACUGCAAUCUUUGCUCGAGAGUUUGAGCACCACGGAGCCACACUACAUACGAUGUGUUAAACCAAAUAACCUUCUAAAGCCAGAAAUCUUUGAGAACACUAAUAUUUUGCAUCAACUUAAGUGUGGGGGGGUCAUGGAAGCCAUUAGGAUUAGCUGCGCUGGAUAUCCUACUAGAAAGCCUUUCAAUGAAUUUUUGACCCGGUUCAAGAUUUUAGCCCCAGAGACUACCAAGAGAAGCUAUGACGAAGUUGACGCUUGCAAAAGGCUACUAGCAAAAGCGGACCUAAAAGGUUUUCAGAUCGGGAAGACAAAGGUGUUUCUUAGGGCAGGUCAAAUGGCAGAACUGGAUGCUCACCGAGCUGAAGUUCUUGGUCUUUCAGCGCGGAUUAUACAGAGGAAAGUACUUACUUAUCAAUCUCGCAAGAAGUUUCUGCUAUUGCAGGCCGCUUCAACAGAUAUUCAAGCCAUUUGUAGAGGACAACUUACACGUGUUUGGUUUGAGACCAUGCGAAGAGAGGCCGCUUCUCUGAGAAUUCAGAAGCAUGCAAGGACUUAUAUCUGCCACAAAGCCUAUAAAAGCCUGUGCUCCUCUGCUUGUUCGGUUCAGACAGGGAUGCGAGCAAAAGCUGCUCGGGUUGAACUUCAGUUUAGGAAGAAGAGAAGAGCGGCCAUCAUUAUUCAAAGUCAAAUCAGAAGAUGUUUGUGUCAUUGCCAUUAUGUGAGAAUGAAGAAAGCAGCGAUUACCACUCAAUGUGGCUGGAGAGUGAGAGUUGCACGCCGAGAAUUUCGGAAUCUUAAAAUGGCUGCUAAAGAAACAGGAGCACUUCAAGAUGCUAAGACUAAACUGGAAAAUGAAGUGGAAGAACUCAUUUCAAACUUGGAGCUUGAGAAACAGAUGAGGAUGGAGAUCGAGGAAGCCAAAUCUCAAGAAAUCGAAGCAUUACAGUCAGAUUUAAAAGCUAUAAAACUAGAGCUCAGGGAAACUCAAGAAACCAAAAGUGCGGAGAUCUCAAGGUUGCAGUCCGCUUUACAAGACCUGCAAAUUGAGAUGGGUAGCGAUCUUUCUGCUGAAAAUGAACAGCUUAAGGAGUUGGUGAGUUCUUUGCGAAAGAAUAGUGAUGAACCCGAGAGAACAUCAACAGCUGAAGCUCCUGUAAUUGAUCAGACUGCAGUCAACAAGCUUGAAGCUGAAAAUCAACAGCUCAAGGCGCUGGUAAGUUCCUUGGAGAAGAAAAUCGAUGCAUUAGACAGAAAACAUGAUGAAACAAGCUCAAAUAUCACAGAGCAGUUGAAGGAGAACGUUUCAUCUGAUUACGAGAUGGUGAGCAAUCUUGCAGCUGAGAACGAGCGGCUCAAGGCACUAGUAGAUUCUUUAGAGAAGAAAAUCGAUGGUAACGAUUCUUCAGAUGGACAAAAGGAGGGGAAAAUCAUGUUGAAAGAAGAGAGUUUCACAGAGGAUGCUUCAAUUGUCAACAAACUUGCUGCUCAAAACAAAGACCUUACUGAUCUGGUGAGUUCCUUGGAAAAGAAAAUAGAUGAAACAGAGAAGAAGUAUGAGGAAUCAAGUAGACUCUGUGAAGAGAGGCUGAAGCAAGUUUUAGACGCGGAGACAAAGAUAAUUGAGUUGAAGACAUCCAUGCAAAGGCUUGCGGAAAAAGUCUCUGACAUGGAAGCAGAAGAACAAAUUCGCCGGCAGCAAGCGCUAGUUAAUGCUUCUUCCCGGAGAAUGUCACCACAGGUUUCAUUUACAGGAGCGCCGCCUGUGGAGAAUGGAAAUCAGGAACCACUUGCUCCUAUACCGGCAAAAAAGUUUGGGACGGAAUCUUUUAGACGAUCUCGAGUUGAACGACAACCACAUGAGUUUAUAGACGUUCUUCUCAAAAGUGUAUCCCAAAAUGUUGGUUUCAGUCACGGAAAGCCUGUUGCAGCUCUUACAAUUUACAAAUGUCUCCUACACUGGAAAAUAUUCGAAGCAGAAAAAACCAGCAUCUUUGACAGAAUAGUUCCUGUUUUUGGUUCUGCGAUUGAGCAAAAUCAGGAAGACGACAAUCAUUUGGCGUAUUGGCUAACAAACACUUCAACUCUGUUAUUCCUGCUUCAAAGAAGCCUGAGACAUAGCCCAACUAACUCAAGCCCAACGAAACCUCCUCAGCCAACUUCGUUUUUUGGAAGGAUGACACAGCAAUUAAAGCUUAUGUGUCGGGGCGUACCCAAAAUAUGGUUGUCUCAGGGUUUUCGCUCGACUUCUUCCCCGAACCUUUCAACUGAUGUGGUGCACCAAGUAGAUGCUAGAUACCCUGCUUUGCUUUUCAAACAGCAGCUCACGGCCUAUGUCGAAACUAUGUAUGGAAUCCUCCGAGAGAAUUUCAAGAGAGAAGUAUCUUCCCUGCUUUCUUCCUGCAUUCAGAGUCUCAAGAAUUCAUCACAUGAUUCCUCUGUCGUGGACUCACAAUCAAACCCAUCUCAAGAGAAUUCACCAACUAAGUCAUCCCAAGAGAAUCUCCCCGCUAAGUCAAACUCACCAAAACAGUCAUCUGAUGCACCAGCUACUAAAGAGGUCAAAGCAGCAAAGGCGUCCGAAGAGAAGUCGCCAGAGAACUGCUGGAAAAGCAUUAUUGGACUUUUGAAUCACAACCUCUUCACAUGGAAGAAGAAUUAUGUUCCUCUGUUUCUCGUUCAGAAAAUCUUCAGCCAAACUUUCCAAUACAUCAAUGUUCAACUCUUAAACAGUCUUCUCCUCGAACGAGAAUACUGCACAUUCAACAUGGGCAAAGAGGUGAAGGCAGGGUUAGAUGAACUAGAGUCAUGGUGUAGCCAAGCGACUGAAGAGGUCGUGGGAUCUUCUUGGGAUGAACUCAGCCACACAAGACAAGCCGUAUUUCUCCUGGUUACACAACCCAAGUCCACAAUUACAUACGACGAUCUUACAACUAACCUUUGCCCGGCUCUUAGUACUCAGCAACUGUAUAGGAUAUGCACCCUUUGCAAAAACGAAGACCAAGAAUAUCAUAACGUAUCGCCAGAGGUGGUUUCCAGCUUAAAACUUCUAUUGGGAAAUGAAGAUGAAGAAAACCAUUCCUUUUUAUUAGACGACGAUUCCAGCAUUCCUUUUGAAACCGAUGAAAUCUCCAACUGCAUGCAAGAGAAGGACUUUGCGAAUGUGAAAUCAGCUUCCGAUCUCGUUGAUAACCCCAACUUCCACUUCCUUAAGGAUUGAUAAAUUGUUUUGAGAAAACCCUCUAAUGUUACCAUUGAUUCGCCUUGGUAUGACCUGUAUAUUAACUCCUCUCUGGUUUUGAGUUUGUAGAAAUCUCAAUAGGUUUCAUUUUUUUUUCUAGUUUCCCCAAGAGCGUUUUGAAAUUGAGCGUCGAGCUCACUUUCUUCUUUUGACGCUUGUUACUUAUAGGUCACGAAACCUCAAGGCGGGGAUUUAAAUUUAAACUAUGUAAAACAAAAAAGUUUAAUUUAAUAAUGACACAGGAGACGACCAACUGGG